GUUUGAGGGAGGAUCGCGAGCCGUGCAGCCGUCAUGUCCGAGGACUCGAGCGCCCUGCCCUGGUCUAUCAACCGGGACGAUUACGAGCUGCAGGAGGUGAUCGGGAGUGGAGCAACUGCUGUGGUCCAAGCAGCAUAUUGUGCCCCUAAGAAGGAGAAAGUGGCAAUCAAACGGAUAAACCUUGAGAAAUGUCAAACUAGCAUGGAUGGACUCCUGAAAGAAAUUCAAGCCAUGAGUCAGUGCCAUCAUCCUAAUAUUGUGUCUUACUACAUGUCUUUUGUGGUAAAAGAUGAACUGUGGCUAGUCAUGAAGCUGCUAAGUGGAGGUUCUGUUCUAGACAUUAUUAAGUAUAUUGUGGCAAAGGGUGAGCACAAAAGUGGAGUCCUAGAUGAACCUACCAUUGCUACAAUACUCAAAGAAGUGCUGGAAGGGUUGGAAUACCUGCAUAAAAAUGGACAGAUUCACAGAGAUGAGAAAGCUGGAAAUAUUCUUCUUGGAGAAGAUGGCUCAGUACAGAUUGCAGACUUUGGAGUUAGUGCUUUUUUAGCAACUGGUGGUGAUAUUACCCAAAAUAAAGUGAGAAAGACCUUUGUUGGAACUCCUUGCUGGAUGGCGCCUGAAGUUAUGGGACAGGUCCGAGGCUAUGAUUUCAAAGCUGACAUCUGGAGUUUUGGGAUCACAGCAAUUGAACUGGCUACAGGGGCUGCUCCUUACCAUAAGUAUCCACCAAUGAAGGUUUUAAUGCUGACACUACAAAAUGAUCCUCCUUCUUUGGAAACUGGUGUUCAAGACAAAGAAAUGCUGAAAAAAUAUGGAAAAUCAUUUAGGAAAAUGAUUUCAUUGUGCCUUCAAAAGGAUCCAGAAAAAAGACCAACAGCAGCAGAACUGUUAAGGCACAAAUUUUUCCAAAAAGCAAAGAAUAAAGAAUUUCUUCAAGAAAAAAUACUGCAGAGAGCACCAACUAUUUCUGAAAGAGCUAAGAAGGUUCGGAGAGUACCAGGUUCCAGUGGCCGCCUUCAUAAGACAGAAGAUGGCGGCUGGGAGUGGAGUGAUGACGAAUUUGAUGAAGAAAGUGAGGAAGGGAAAGCAGCAAUUUCACAACUCAGGUCUCCCCGAGUGAAAAAACCAUUAUCAAAUUCUGAACUGUUUCCAACAACUGAUCCCGUGGGUACUUUACUCCAAGUUCCAGAACAGAUUACUGCUCAUCUACCUCACCCAGCUGGGCACAUGCCUGCACAGCCAACUCAAGUCUCUCCCCCACCCCCAGCAGAGCCAGCAAAAACAGCUCAGGCUCUGCCUUCAGGAGCAGGCUCACAAGAAACCAAGAUCCCAAUCAGCCUAGUACUCAGAUUAAGGAAUUCAAAAAAAGAACUAAAUGAUAUUCGAUUCGAGUUUACUCUUGGGAGAGAUACAGCAGAGGGUGUAUCUCAGGAACUCAUUUCUGCUGGCCUUGUCGAUGGAAGGGAUUUAGUAAUAGUGGCAGCGAAUUUGCAGAAAAUUGUGGAAGAACCUCAGUCAAAUCGAUCUGUCACUUUCAAACUGGCAUCUGGUGUCGAAGGCUCGGAUAUUCCUGAUGAUGGUAAACUAAUAGGAUUUGCCCAGCUCAGCAUCAGUUAAACCACAGCCCUGAAAGAGGCGGCCUAAGGAGAUUCCACACAUGCGUAUCUCUGUUGCUUCUGUUGGCCUAAACCCACUACUGCCAAAGAACCCAGCAACAAACCUCCCGGCUAGGAGCUUUAGAGGUCUUUCUUUAUGUUCUUCCUGCCAUCAUUCCCCGCUUUUCCCACAGGGAAAGAAAAGUUGGAUCACCAGUGGCCAGCAUCCCUUUAAAGAGUUCCGUUAGUAAACUUACUGCGCAUGUCCCCUGUUUUUCUCCAGCUGAGAAGGGGACUGUGCCUCAAGGUCCAGGAGGGAGAU